AUGGAUUCGAAACGGGUCAUUGACGUCUUCCCGCGGCCGGACAUUACGCGCCCGCGCUGGGACCAGAACACCUACCAGGGGAGGGCCCUCCACUUCUUCACGACGAUCAACCCGCUGAACGCGUUCGCCCUGCCCUCGACGCUGGAGAACUGCAAGACGAUUGUGCAGGGAUACAAGAAGGGCGAGAUCGAGCCGAGCCUGACGGUGGGGCAGCUGUGGAAGGCCAAGCACCUCUACGACUCGGCCUUCCAUCCGGAUAGCGGGAAUCUGAUGUUUCUCACCGGGAGGAUGAGCUUUCAGGUUUGGGGCAACAUGUUGCUGACGGGCGGCAUGCUGGCCUUCUACCGCCAGUUCCACCAUGUCGUUUUUUGGAAUUGGCUAAACCAAAGCUUCAACGCCCAAGUCAACUACACCAAUCGAUCCGGGCCGCAUGCAGCUUCGAAUGAGCGUCUCCUCUUCUCGUACAUAUGCGCCACGGGGGCGGCCGUCGGCUCGGCGUUGUACCUCAACUCUUUGGUCAAGGACGGCAACAGCUUCAAGGGCCGCCUCGUCCCGUUCGCCGCCGUCGCCGUCGCAAACGCCGUCAACAUUCCGAUCAUGAGGAGCACCGAAUUCGUGAAGGGGAUCCCAGUGGAAGACCGUGAUGGUCAGGUGCUCGGCGAGUCGAAGCGAGUCCCGAAGAUUGCCGUCCCGCAGGUGGUGCUCUCGCGGAUCGGGAUGGCCGUGCCGAGUUUUGUCGGAAUCCCGUUGAUCAUGAACGUGAUCACGAAGAAAAAGUGGUACCACGCGCGCCCGUGGCUCGGCGUACCGAUCCAGACGGCGCUCGCCGGCCUGUGUCUCGUCUUCUCCACCCCGCUGUGCUGCGCCCUCUUCCCGCAAAAGAGCAGCAUCAAGGUGUCCCUCCUCGAGCCCGAGCUCCAAGCCUACAUCCGCAGCCGCCCCAACCCGCCGGACGUCGUCUACUACAAUAAGGGGCUC